CCAGUGCACAGUCCUUGUGCGACGGUAAAUGUGGUGUUUGGAGUGUUCACAGCCCCACCAGUCUCGCGCAUGGCCCUCAGGAUUCGAAAGUUCUGCUUGUUCCUGACUUAAAUACACAACUUUUAGUUUUGUGGUUGAACGUCACAGCAGCACAACGGGGGACGACUAGAAGGAGAGCAGGAUGAUAAUCCGACGUGUCCUGACUCAGGGGGCUCUGUGGCGGGUGGCAGCGACCCGCCCGGUCACGGUCGCUGCUGCCGUCUCUGAGCGCACCGUGGUGAUGCGGGGCUGUGCUCUCCGCCUGUCGUUGCCGCAGCCUUUUAACCCGCGGUGGCUCUCAGCAUCAGCCUCCAGCAGAGCAGCACAUCAACCGAAGCACCAGCCCCCACAGGACGGAGCCCAGUCCAGCUCUACACCUCCACCUCCGGACGUCCAGAGAAGGGAAAGUGAGCCUGAUCCUGCAGAGGUGGACCCACUGCAGGACAAGUCCAUCGGCUUGGUCCAGAGGUUCAAGAAAACCUUUAAACAGUAUGGAAAGGUGAUGAUCCCAGUGCACCUGGUGACGUCCUCCCUCUGGUUUGGCACCUUCUAUUACGCUGCUAUGAAAGGUGUGAAUGUAGUGCCGUUCCUGGAGAUGAUUGGUUUACCCGAGUCUGUAGUCGGCCUUCUGAGAAACUCAUCAAGUGGCUAUGCUCUGACUGCGUACGCCAUGUACAAGAUUGCAACUCCUGCCAGGUACACUGUGACUUUAGGCGGAACGUCACUGUCCGUUCAGUAUCUACGCAAACAUGGCUACUUCUCCACCCCUCCACCAGUCAAAGACUACAUCCAGGACAAAAUGGAGGAGACGAAGGAGAAACUGACUGAAAAGAUGGAGGAGACGAGGGGCAGAUUCACAGAAAAAAUGGAGGAGACAAAAGGACGCAUCUCUGGGAAAAUGGAAGAGACCAAAGACAAGCUUUCUGAGAAGCUGCAGGAAACUAAAGACAGAGUCUCGGAGGGAAAAGCCUUCUUCAGGAAGAAAAGUGAAUAGUUCCUGUAGCUCUCACUGGUGAACGAUUCUGUUCAUAUCUGUUUGGAGUUGUAGGUAGAGGACACAGAGCACACGUUUCUCAGACUGUUCACAUGGAGGAGUGAGAGACACUGUCCUUGUCAGUUUUUCCUGUUGUUUAUUUAAAUGUCCGAUCAGUCUCUAAUGACCUCCCAUGAUGCACUGCACGUGUAGACUAGCAGCUUAACAGACCGUUGGCAACGUUGCGUCCUGCUUCUGUUGUCCCAGACUGGAUUUAGACUAAACCACCUUAACUUAGCUCCUGAUGACAGCAGGUUGGUUUAGUUUUUUCACUUUAAUAGAGAACUGGACUUCACAGACAAACCAUCGGAACCACUCAAAGCCAAACAGACCGUUUUGUAAAGAGCCGUGCUAAACCUGCUCAUACUGAAAAUAAAACUUGAACCUCUUCGUUAUCAUUGCAGUAGUCUAUUAAAGCCUUCGUGAAGGCUGGAGAGUUCACCUUGUGUCCUUCGUGUUGUGAUUAGACUUUAAACUUUGUGUUUUUUUGAUAGCCAAAGCUGAUUUAUCACAAUCUUAGUGGUGUUGACACCGUGUAUUGACUGAAAGUUGUGUGUUGAAAUGACCACAUUAGGUGAUGUUUUGGAAGCUAAAAUCUUUAUUUCCUUGUGGGGAGUUGAUCACGCAUCAGAGUUACUGGCAUCAGUGAAAUUCUGUCAGUAAUGGAUUAAAUGUUCUUGGCAGAAUCACCGUCUAACUAAAAACAUACUAAAUAACCAACAAGAAGAAUAUGCCUUUGAAAUGGAGUGAUGAAUAAA